AUGACGGUCAUUGGACUAGGUAUAUUAACCUUUCCUACUCCUACUCCUGCUGGAAAAACCUGCUUCAAAUUCGCAAUCGCUGAAGAAGUUAGCAAUGCUUGGAGUAAAAUGCUCUUUUUCCUGCUCUUAAUAAACGUUUGUGCAGCAGCAGAAUCAGGCAGCACUGCACCGUCUGUAGAGCUGACGAGCGUUGACUACUCUGCUUUGACAACUACAGACAAUGUGGGAUUGGUCGUUGGUCAGUUUAAUUUUUCUGUCUACUUCGAUUAA